UUAACGUUAUGUGUCUAACGGUCGUCUCGUUUGAAUGACAAGCCUGUCUGGAUUAUAUUGUUAUAUUUUCUUUAAAAUGCUGAACAGUUACCUGUGUAUAAUGUCACAGUGCUGAAAUGUAAUGAUAGUUUAAUGUCUGCGUUUUGUGUAGCAGUUGCAGGCCUCCCCUUUCCCCUUUCCCUUGUGGUGAGAAGGCGCUGAGACAAUGUUUUAUGCCCACUUUGUCCUCAGCAAGCGUGGUCCGCUGGCCAAAAUCUGGCUGGCGGCCCACUGGGACAAGAAGCUGACCAAGGCACAUGUGUUUGAGUGCAAUCUGGAGAGCAGCGUGGAGAGCAUCAUCUCACCCAAGGUGAAAAUGGCUUUACGAACAUCAGGGCAUCUGCUGCUGGGGGUGGUGAGGAUCUACCACAGGAAGGCCAAGUACCUGCUGGCAGACUGUAAUGAGGCCUUCAUCAAGAUCAAGAUGGCGUUUAGACCUGGUGUGGUGGAUCUUCCAGAGGAGAACAGAGAAGCAGCCUACAACGCUAUCACGCUGCCUGAGGAGUUCCAUGAUUUUGACCAGCCACUACCAGACCUAGAUGAUAUCGACGUUGCUCAGCAGUUCAACUUGAACCAGAGCAGAGUGGAGGAGAUCACAAUGAGAGAGGAGGUGGGCAACCUCAACCUGCUGCAGGACAAUGACUUUGCUGACUUUGGCAUGGACGACCGGGAGAUGAUGCGGGAGGAAAGUGCGUUUGAGGUGGACAUCAUGGGAGUGUCAGCUUCCAACCUGCUGCUGGAGGCUGAGGGUGGAGCUAACCCCAUGGCUGACAAGUCUAAUCAUCUGGAGUACGAUGACCAAUACAAGGACGACUUUGGAGACAACCCCAUGGAGAGCAAUGAGGGAGGCAUGCUGGUGGACAAGCUGCUGAGUAACGAGGAUGGAGGCGGCAUCUUUGACGACCCUCCUGCCAUCGCAGAGAGCGUGAUGAUGCCUCAGGACCACGGAGACGAUGACGACGACUUCGAUGCUCUCUCGGCGGGAGCCCCGGAUAGUCCAGACUCAGGCCCAACAGAGCCCCUACCAGCCAUGGCUGACCAGACAGAACAGACCAACCUGGUUCACAACGAGGAAGAAACCUUCGCCCUGGAGCCAAUUGACAUCACAGUGAAGGAGACCAAGGCGAAGCGUAAGAGGAAGCUGAUUGUGGACAGCGUGAAAGAGUUGGACAGUAAAACCAUCCGAGCACAGCUGUCUGAUUACUCUGACAUUGUCACCACCCUGGACCUGGCACCUCCCACCAAGAAGCUGAUGAUGUGGAAGGAGACGGGAGGAGUGGAGAAGCUCUUCUCACUCCCUGCUCAGCCUCUCUGGAAUGCAAGACUCCUUAAGAUGUUUACGAGGUGUCUGACACCGCUGGUACCAGACGAGCUGAGGAGGAGGAGGAAAGGUGGAGAGGCUGAUAGUCUGGAUGAGUUCCUCAAGGAUUUGGAGAACCCCGAGGUGCCAAGAGAGGAAACAACAGCACACCAGCAGAGAGACAUCCUGGACCAGACCAUCAUGGAGGAGGCCAGUGUUCUGCAGACUUCAGCAGUGGAAGGCAGCAGGACGACACUGGACGAGUCAGUAAUGCCUCCUCCCUCCUCCCAGCGUGGUCUGAAACGCAAAGCCCAGGACACAGAACCAGCUCUGCCUAUGGGAGCUCUGGACCAGCAGCAACAGCCGCAGGGGUCCACUGCCUCUAACGUGUCUCAGCAGCUGGAGACGUCCAGUGUGGAUCUGCCCCCAGAGGAGACCACCAACAUCAGCCAGCUGAUAGAGUUGGACCUGCUCUGCGACAAGGACAAGAAGAAGAACGACGAUGACUCUGAUGAAGAGGAGGAGGAGGUGCAGGGAGGAGACCAGGACCAGGAGGAGAGGAGGUGGAACAAAAGAACCCAGCAGAUGCUCCACGGCCUGCAGAGGGUGAUGGCUAAAACAGGCACCCAGUCGGUCGGCCUGCUGGAUCUGUGCAGGAACAACAACAAGAAGCAGGCGGCUGCUAAGUUCUACAGUUUCCUGGUUCUGAAGAAGCAGCAGGCGGUGGAGCUGGUCCAGGAGGAGCCUUACAGCGACAUCAUAGCUACGCCUGGACCUCGCUUCCACAUCAUCUAGAAAACACAACUUUACAGUAUGGAAAACAAAAACCUCUACAGUGUACACCCUGCACACAACACUGUUGUUGUGUUAAGUUUUAUUUAUUCAAGUUUGACUUUGUUUUGUGUAUAAUGUGGAGUUUUAUCUUCUGUCUGCAAAAAAAUCAAGCAGUGAUGGGAGCAAAGACAUCUUAAUAACAUGGUUGGAUUAUUAAGAGGUUUCUUCCACAUACUGAGGAGAUCUGUGACUCCAACAUGGGCACUUUUCCCUUUUAUUUAUUUAUUAUUAUUUAUUGCAUCUUAUAUUAUUGAAACUUACUUUAUAACUUAGUUAGUAGUUAAGUAAAGUGAGUACUGUGUAGCCCACUUUUUAGUUUGGAGUUGCUUUCUCCUCAUUGUUUUUUUCAAGCAGAUGUCGAUAACUUUAAUGAGCACUUCUUCCCUCUGGAAGCUGCUGCGUUGCACUGACAUGGACCCAAUUUAAAAGGAGUCUAUCUUAAGAUAUGUUUACAGUGAGGAGUGAUAACUCAGUCAACCAUGUUACUAAGAGACUUGUCUGUCCCACCACUGCAGGAAAAAACAGUUCUCAUGUACACUGACAAUAGCCAAGAGGAGCAUGCACUAUAUCCACAGUCUGCAAGAUACAUUUAAACAGUUAACUACAGUAGUGAUGUGCAGACUCAACCAGCAAUUAAUCAUUAUAUGACUGUAGUGUAGCACUUUAAGCAUUACAAACUCCAAGUUGUCGUUUUUGCAAAUGUGUUGCUUGCAUCAUCAACUGUUUGCACAAAAUUAUAGUUGUGUCCCAAAUCCAUACAACAUACUGAUGCAAAGCAUGUGUGAGCAUCUGCUGUGCACAUUAUUCUUCUGCAAUCUGAUGUAUGGAAGAAGUAGAGGAGACGAUGCUCACUGCUGGAAAAAUUGAACAAAUUAUUACACCACUGGACUUUUUUUUCAUAUCUCUCAAUUACAUUGAGAGUAGCAGUUAAAUGCUAGCGUUAGAAUUAACAGACAGUACUGCUUUUUUUCAUUAAAACUAUUGGGUUACUUUUGUGACUUUAUUAUGCAAUCAUAAAAUAGAUUAAAAAGUAAAACUAUCGACACUGCAAGAAAAAAAUGUUUUAUUGCAUUUAAAAUAAAUGUAUAAUUAAAAAUGUAUUAAAAACAUUUGGAUUCAAAAGUAUUUUUGGGGGAUUUGCAAAAGAACUAAUACAUUUUUAAUCACAAAUGUAUUUGUGUUGAUAAUUCUCUCAAAUCUAUUUUUCGAUUGCUGACUGGAAGGUUUUGCUGUCAAGCAGAUUCUGUUAUUGCAUAAUAGUAACCCAAUAGCUUUGCAGUUUGUAUUCAAUAACACAUUGAUUACUAUUAAAAUAAUACUAUAAGUGCUGUGUGAUUUGUGAUUGAAAAUGCAUUAUUGCAAAUCAAAAACCUUUGAUUGUAAAUCAGAAACUUACCUUUGAAUCCGAACGUUUUAAAUACAUAUUUAAAACAUGUUUAUGGAGUUUAUUUUGAUUGCCUUGUCGAUAGAUUUUCUCUCGCAUAAUAAAGGCAAAAGAAAUCCCAUAUGAAACCUAUACUAUAAGGUUAGCUUAUAUAGUACAUACUGCAUAUAACUAGUAUAUACUAUGGAAUUGGGACACAGCUAAUAAAAAAUAAAAAAAGCUUCAGUUUCAACCUAUAGAUGAUGUAAAAACCAGUGGUCUGCCAUACUUGCAUGCUCUGUCCUGAAAUACUUUAUUUGGGUGGAAUUGCUCCAGAAACUACAUUUUUUUAUUACCGUGUUGCUCUUUUAUUCUUAAGAGACUUGAAGUUUGUGAUAGAUUAAAUGUAUCCAGUGUCCCUUUUAUAUAUGGAUAAUCAUUAAGCAACAACUGGGUGACAUACAGUAAUGUAUAAGUUCUGACAGUGUAAAUCAAGUAGAUACUUGUUCAAUAUUAAUUUAUUAACAUAACAUAUGAAGAGAAUUCACUGCUUUUUUAUUUAAGAGCAAAAUGGAUUUUUAAUCUAAAGAAUGACUUGAUAAUAUCAUUUUCAAUAUCAAGUGAAGAGUGAAUGGAUAUAUUUGUUAUGAACGUGGUUGUUUGGACUUGGGAAAAUACUGAAGAUUCAAUUACAAAAUAUUACAGUUAACAGGAAAAAAAAAAACUUGCAGACAAACAAGUUACUGAGACAACUCUUCUUAUGCUUCUGCAGCUGACUGCAUCACUUUUGGUCUCCCCUUCCAUAUGAACUGUAUUUCAUGUAAUGUCUGAGUGCAUCUUAUAUGCUGAACUAUGUGCCUGUAAACCUGCUUUUUUAUUUUGUAUAAAAAGCCAAAACAAAUCUUGUCAAUCUUAAAAAUAAUGCCAGUUUCAGUCUUAUGCCUGUAAGUCUUGAGUCCCGGAAACUGUUGCACAUUUUUCAAAAUAAAACAAAUACAAUAAGCA